AUGACAGUUUUUGCUACUCCCGAUGGGUUACUGGCGAGAACUCUCAAACGUUGUGUAACUAACCUUAAACCUCCCAUUGCAGUUCCGGGGGUUAAUGGGGAGGAUGAAAGCAGUGAUGACGACGAAAGUGAUGAAGAAGAUGAUGACAGUGAUGAGGAUGAUACUUCUGAUGAUGAAACUCCAAAGAAGCCUGAACCAAGCAAGAAGAGACCUGCAGAAUCAGCUCUGAAGACACCUGUAUCUGAUAAGAAGGCAAAAUUAGGCACAACCCAAAAAUCUGCUGGUGGCCAUGUUGCAACUCCUUACCCUUCAAAGCAGGGAGGGAAAAAACCUGGUAACUCUGAACAGACAAAGCAGCAGACAACUCCAAAAUCAGCUGGAUCUUAUCCAUGCAAAUCUUGCAACCGUUCAUUUACCUCUGAAACUGGGUUGCAGUCUCACACAAAGGCCAAGCAUGGUACUGCAGCAUAAUCGGUUGCCCUCUGUCUAAAUUUUGGUUACCUUGGUGAUUUUUGUGAAGUAGAGCUGGAAGGAAAGAUGGAAAAUGUUCUAGAUUUGAAGUAAACGGAAAGGAUAGUGUAGCACAUUAUUCCUAUCUAUUUCUUUUUUUGGGAGGUAGGACGGUGUGUUUGUCUGAUCCGAACUGUGUUGUCUGUCUAAGUAGUGUUUCACUGUUUUGUAUGUUGAAUGAGGCUGUUUGCUCUCUAAUUCAGUGAUGUGGAUUCGGGCAUUUGCAGGGAUUUAAAAAAAAAAAAUCAAUAUUAUGUUUGAAAGAAAAGAACUCUAUAAAUGUCUCGUUCAAUUCUGAA